GUUGAUUCCUCCCCUUCCAUCCAUCCCCGCAACCCAGGAACAGCUAUGGUCGUCAGGAAUAUUGCUAUCUUCGCCGGCGGUGCCGUCAUUGGCGCCAUCGCCGUGGGUUCGUACCUCAAGUCUAAGCAGGAGACCAGCCCCGUGGCCCUGACGACCAAGACUCAGGCACCUGCGGUCCCUGUGCCAGCACCGGUCGCACCCCUGCCUCAGGUCCCAACAAGCCCAGCGACUCCUCCCCCUGUCAUUGCUCGUCCUCCUCCCGGCACAUCGGUCGGUCAUGCCCGUAAAAUCAUGCCCCAUGGAUUUCCAGGCCCUGUCAAUGAUGUCUUUACCAGAGAAGGCUAUGUUGCUUCUUACAACCGUCAACUCCGUCAUCCGAACUGGGUUGCAGAGCACCUCACUGCGGAAUCAUUGAAGGCAAGCGAAGGUGUCGGUCGUGGCAACUCCAACUUCAAGGAGGACCCCACGGUCCCUGAUCUGUACAAGGCCAAGCUGUCAGACUACUUCCGCUCAGGAUACGAUCGCGGACAUAUGGCCCCUGCCGCAGACUGCAAAAGCUCACAGAACGCCAUGGACGAAACCUUUUAUCUGUCCAACAUUGCCCCACAAGUCGGCGAUGGCUUCAACCGCGACUACUGGGCCCAUUUCGAAAACUUCUGCAGAAUCUUAACCAGGAAAUAUGCCGACGUCUAUGUGAUUACUGGACCCCUGUACUUGCCCUAUCAGGAUCCUACCGAUAAGAAGUUUUAUAUCAAGCACGAGGUCAUUGGAAACCCUCCUAACAUUGCUGUACCCACCCAUUUCUACAAGGUCAUCUUGACCGACAAGGGUAAUGGCGAAAUGGCGCUCGGCGCGUUCGUCUUGCCCAAUAAUACCAUCCACAACGACGUGCCCUUGACGGCAUUCCAGGUGCCGAUCGAGGCCGUUGAGAAGGCUUCAGGACUCAAGUUCUUUGAGAUGCUGGAGCGGAGGGCGUUGAAGAACCUGUGCAUGGAUACCGACUGCAGGGUCAUGGCUCACCCCAAGAGCUUGAAAGACAGAAACCAGAAGGCGCUUCCUGCACAAUAAGCACCCUAUCCUCACCUCAGCAUUAUAUAAUCCUUACCUAUAGAUUAUUUGUUUAACCUUCAAUAUAGAUCUUUCAGUUAUA